AUGCGUUUGAAGAAAUGGUUCCAGUAUUUUACUGACAAAGAAAAGACAACACUCACAACAGACUUAACGACAGUAAUAUUGGGUCGUAAACGUUCAAUGUGUAAUGUUUUGGAAUAUGGUGAACAUAAGGUGAUAUAUAAGAGAUAUGCUAGUCUUUAUUUUGCAGCAGGCAUAGACUGGAAUGAAAAUGAGCUUUACAUUCUAGAAGCAAUUCAUCGAUAUGUUCAAGUACUUGAUGAAUUUUUUGGGAAUGUAUGUGAAUUGGACAUAAUUUAUAAUUUUGAUAAGGCAUAUUAUGUAUUGGACGAAUUAUUUUUGGCUGGUGAAUUACAAGAACCAAAUAAGAAGGCUGUUAUUAGACAUAUUACUUCAUUUGAACAAACUUGUCAAUUAGAUAUAAUAACUCGUAACCUUGAAGAAUCCAUAAAAUAG